AUGCUAAGAAUUUCUACUAAUUGCUCAAUUAAACGUGUUGUAUCGACACCACCAUCUCAACUAAGACAACUAAGCUCCUCAUCAAUACUUUUCACUAAUGAUACAAAGCCAAAGAAUAGUUCUGCUCCAUCUACGGAUUCAAAGAGAAUUCCUAAAGUGAGACUCGAUAUGAGAAAUGGUCCAAGUUUUGAAGAUUUUUUAAUGGGAAGAGCAAACAAAGAUUAUGUAACUCUGGACCCUUUGGCAAGAGCAAGAACCGACAAAGAAGAAUAUAAGAAAUUGCCUAGAUGGCUGAAAGUUCCAAUUCCCAAAGGAUCAAGCUUCCAUAAAAUGAAAGGUGAUUUGAGAGAUUUGAAGCUGAGUACAGUUUGUGAAGAAGCUAAAUGUCCCAAUAUUGGGGAAUGUUGGGGUGGUUCUGAUAAAUCAAAAGCCACUGCAACAAUCAUGUUGUUAGGUGACACAUGUACUCGUGGUUGUAGAUUUUGCUCUGUUAAGACUAAUAGAACACCAGCAAAACCUGAUCCAAUGGAACCUGAGAAUACUGCAGAAGCUAUCAAGAGAUGGGGUCUUGGUUAUGUCGUCUUAACAACAGUUGAUAGAGAUGACUUACCAGAUGGUGGUUCCCAUCAUUUAGCUGAAACAGUAAUGAAGAUUAAACAAAAGGCUCCUAAUACUUUGGUUGAAACAUUAGGUGGGGAUUUCAGAGGGGAUUUAUCUCAAGUGGAUGUUUUGGCUAAAUCUGGUCUAGAUGUUUACGCUCAUAACUUAGAGACUGUAGAAGCUUUGACUCCUCAUGUCAGAGAUAGAAGAGCUACUUAUGCUCAAUCCUUAAACGUAUUGAAACGUGCUAAAGAAACUGUACCCACUUUGAUUACAAAAUCUUCUAUAAUGUUGGGGUUCGGUGAAACUGAUGAUCAAGUCUUACAAACUUUGAAAGAUUUACGUACAAUUGGUUGUGAUAUUGUUACUUUCGGUCAAUAUAUGAGACCAACAAGAAGACAUAUGAAAGUUGUUGAAUAUGUCAAACCUGAUAAAUUCAAUUAUUGGAGAGAUAAAGCUCUUGAACUUGGAUUUUUACAUUGUGUCUCUGGUCCAUUAGUUCGUUCCUCUUAUAAAGCUGGUGAAGCCUUUAUUGAAAAUAUUCUUAAGAAAAGAAAGCUAGUUGCCAAUUCUUCUAUACUCAACUCAGUGAAAGAUAUGAACAUGGAAACUAACAUCUCAUUCAAAUAG